ACUGUCCCUGUUGUGGCGUGUUCCCAGGCUUGGCUAACCUGAUUCUGACCCAGUGUGCCUGUGGGGAAACUGGUGGGAGGAACAGAGAAUUUGAACUCUGAACCCAGGACAGGCAGGAGCCUUGGUGUUGAGACAGACCCUCGACUAGGCUUGAAAUCCACAGAAGGCUGAAGUUUUCUCUGGGCCUGUGGGGAUGGGCGGGGCCUCCUCUCAGGCUAGUUUCCCUGGAAACCCACAGGCUUCCCACCCAGCAGUUGCCUGGGCAGCCUCCCAGCCAGGGCCUCACCCGCAGCCAGGCUCUCCUUCCUGGUCUGGGAUCCUCCAUCUCGGCCUCUCUUGGCCCCCUUCCUGAGUCCUCAUCCCCAAGCCGAGCCUCAGGCCUCCUUCAUCCACUUCUCAUGCCUUCCUCAGGAACCAGGGCCUUUCCUGCCCCAUCCCUAAACUUCAGCUUCUCAGCAAAUAGGCCUCCUAAUCUCCUGCCCCUCCCUGGCAGGCCUUUCUAGUCUCCUCACCAGCUGUAGGGCCUAGCCAGAGAGCUCCUGCUCACCUACCACCUCCCACAGACCAAAACAACUGGCCUCCUGGGCUAUUCCACCUGCGUACUCCCCUGCCCUGCCCCACCCAUGGAGGCCCCAGGACUGGCUGUACACGGGGAGACUGCACCCUUUUCCACAGCACUCCGGAGUCUCGUCAACAACCCCCUUUACAGUGAUGUUUGCUUUGUGGUCGGUCAAGAACAGCAGGAGGUGUUUGCCCACCGGUGCUUGUUGGCCUGUAGAUGCAACUUCUUCCAGAGACUUCUGGGCCCGAAGCCAGGCCCUGGGGUGCCUAGCCCCGUGGUGUUAAGCACCAUACCAGCUGAGGCCUUCCUGGCAGUGCUGGAGUUCCUGUACACCAACAGUGUCAAACUGUACCGCCACUCUGUGCUGGAGGUGCUCACAGCAGCUGUGGAGUAUGGACUGGAGGAACUGCGAGAGCUGUGCCUGGAGUUUGUGGUGCAGGUGCUGGACGUGGACUUGGUUUGUGAGGCACUGCAGGUUGCUGUAACCUUUGGCCUGGGACCACUGCAGGAGCGCUGCAUAGGCUUUAUAGAGGCCCACAGCCAGGAGGCUCUCCGGACCCGUGGCUUCCUGGAGCUGUCCGCGCCCGCGUUGCUGCCCCUGCUGCGCAGCGAUGAGCUCUGCGUGGACGAGGCUGAGCUCGUUGUGGCGGCCCGGAACUGGGCGCGAGUGGGUGCGGCGGUGCUGGAGCGGUCUGUGGCCGAGGUGGCGGCUCCAGUGGUGCGGGAGCUGAGACUGGCCUUGCUGGCCCCACCGGAGCUGAGUGCCCUGGAAGAGCAGAACCGGCAGGAGCCGCUCAUUCCGGUGGAGCAGAUCGUGGAGGCGUGGAAGUGCCACGCUCUGCGGAGAGGGUAUGCAGCCCGGAGUGCCCCGUGCCGCCGCCGGAAGGGCACUGUGCCCCGGGAGCACCACCGCUAUUUGGACCUGCCCUUUAAGUGACCAGAAGCCGAGAUUUGAGGGGGAAUUCUAGGCUCAAACUACAACUCCCGGCAUGCUGGGCGCUCGCAGCGGCCUUCCGUUUCCAGCAGGCCCCGCGAACGUGGCUCUAGGACCGCUGCUGUCCGCCCUGCACAGAGCCCCUAGGGUGGAGCUCCACGCGGAGGGCGGAGGCGGGCGGGGCCUAGCCUCCCGGCCCCUGCAGAACCUCAAAGCGAUUAUUUUUACACGUCAUCCUGAUUCUAUGUUCUGUCCCACGGCAGUCUCGCCCUCCUCUUUUGCUCUUACGCCCGCCGUAUUAUCUUUUCGGUUUAGCUCCCUCUUCAGUUCCAGACCUUCCUCCUGAAGACCUCUAAAUCCCCAGACACCUCAGACUCAGUCCAAAAUUGAGCUCCCUGCUCAUCUUUCCCCUGUUCUGCCCGCAUCGUGUUUCUCAUCUCCCUGGGUGCCCAAGCCAGAGACCUGGAUCUCAGCCUUGCCUUAUUCCUCUUCUUUACACCUACGUCCUUUCGCUUUUACUUUCUAGGAGACUGAGGGUAGCACAAUAUGCCACCCCAAAAUAUGCCUCUUGGCUUCAGGAUUAUUUUAAACUGAUUAUUGUGAGAAACAGAAACUCCGAAAACAAAGUUACCCUUUUGUAAGGAAAAUUUAUAAAGGAAGUCUGCAUUUGUGUCUCCCUCUGUACCACCAAAAGAAGGAUGACUACUAAUUCACAACGGAAUCUAUCAGUGGAGGAGGCAGCCAUUGAAAUCUGGUUAACAAACUUUACCCGUGUUUAGUUUUUCCUGGUGGCCUCCCCACACUUUACUUUGUCUUUAGGUGACGAUGGUAUGUAAGCAGGUAUUUUAGUCCACCUUAGGGAGUUAGUCAUUUUUCCCUGGGUGUCUCCCUUGUAUAUAUGCAUUAUACAUGUUAAUAAACUUGUUUUUCUCUUAUUAACCUGUCUUUUAUUACAGGGUUCUCAACCAAGAG